CUAACCACACUGAUUCAGUGUUUUCCCCUCAGUGAAGACGUUUCCUUUAUCAUUUGCGAAGUUUGAAAAAAUAAUUCCCCUCUUUAUUAGCUCCAAUGUAAGCAAGAUCUUUACUAUGGGCCAAUGUUUUGGCACAGACUGUGCAGGGUUGUGCCCUCGAUGGUCGUACAGACAAGAAAGAGGCUUUGAUCGUUACACAAAAUUUGCACCAAAAAACCGAUCUAGGAAAUAUGGUGACCAACACCUGCUGAGUGAAAUACAAGACCCAAGGUCUGAUGAUGAAAUUGACUUUUCAGACAUACAUAGUGAGAUAUCUGGCCAAAGAACCAAUGAUGACAGGAAACCGUACAGUGAUACGUCAAGUCCUGUUACAGCAGAAAGGACAAACAAAGGAGUCUAUAAUGGUCCAAAAUCUGAUAGCCAUCAACCAUCUACACCGCAGUACACGGCUAUCAACAUUGAAUAGGUUUUGAAUGCAUAAUUUUUAUGAAAAUGAAAAUUUAUAAUUAAUGUCAAUUUAGUUAUAUUGAUUCCCACUUUGGUGGAGCACAUGGAUGGGCUUACUUUACAGCUAGGGUUUACAAGGUAGUUUUUAUUAUAUACUUAUUGACUGAGUGGGAGGGCCGUACGGGAAAAUAUUUGGCUUGAGGUGAUGCUGUACGGACCGAGCACAGCAAGGUCCAUACAAAUGACCGAGAGCCAAAUAUUUUCCCGUACGGCCCGACCUAACUCAUUCAAUAAGCAUUUUAUCAUAUGACCCUCACGAAAAAAAAAAUAAAAUAAAAUAAAAGAAAGAAAGAAAUAGUAAAUAAAUGCUGAAAAAGAGACAGCACGCAGAUUCGAGCAGGGCCAUACGGAUCCGUACGGCCCUGCUCGCUCAAAGCCGUAUGGCCCUGCUCACGCCAUUUUCCCGAAGGUUUUUCUAAGAGUGCAUGCCCGGCAGAUACAAGUCAUAUGAUAAAUAGAUUUAUCUAUGGAUUUAAAUGUUUCAUAAUAAAUUUUAUCUAAAGCCAUUUACAUAUUAUUAACACAAAAUACUUUUGUUGAUGAAACUAAUGUAAACCUUAAAAUUUCCUUGUAGUCGACAGUGCCCAGUUAUUUUCUGUUGUAUUAAUUAUUUUUUUAUUUAAUUUAUUUGCUAAUAUCAAAAACUUUAAAAGAUCCAAUUACCUGUGAACUUCUUGAUGCGCAGUAACAUUAAUUAGUGAACUUUUCUGUAAGGGCAUGAAUGUACACCUAUAUAUAGGAGUCAAUUGUAUUCCUGUAUAUUAGUUUUUAUGUUUUUUAAUGUCUUUGGAAGAGGUGGUAUCUUUUUUAUAACUUUCUAGUCUAUAAGGCAUGUUAGUGAUAGGAAUAAGAUUAAAUUUUUGACAAUGUUAGAUUUUUCUACUAGUCCCGUAAUAUUAUAUUGUCACUUUGUAUGAAAUUACAGUAUAUGAAGUUUUUAACCAUUAAUGAAUCAGUUCCUUCCUCACUUGGCUUUAUUAGAACCACAUAAAAAUAAUUAAAAUAAUCUUUUGGGUAUGUAUCUAAUUAGUAUCUGAACUGAUAGUGUAUUAAAGAAAAUUUGUAAAUAAAACUGACUAGGGAGCUUCUAUAGAAAACCAGGCAGGUGCCAGGCAGACUCAGUGCCAAUCAAGAAAAACAUAAUCAAGA